GAUUUUGCCAGCUUCAAUAACGGUUCAGACAAUCACGGCUCGAUUAAUCGGUAACCGACUAACAAUACGGCCAGGAGUAGUUAAAACAACAAAAGCAAAAUAAACAAACAAAGAAUAAAAAAAAACACAAUCAUAUUCACAACAAACAACAGACACUGCGGCCAAUGUAAGAUCAUAAAUUACUUAUUAAAGCUGCAUUAAGUGCUACUCUCGUACCUGAACUCGCUCGUUCGCUCGCUUUGUGGCUCGGUCGUUGGCUGAAUGAAGUCGAUAAAUGUGGUUGUGAAAUCAUUGCUGGAAUAGAAAACUGAUAACUGCAUCAAAAUUCAAAUUUGAAAUUCUUCUCGCGGCGCCUUUAAAAGAGUGUCCAAAGUGCGCGCAUGCGCAAAUGCUACAAAGCUCAGAUUUAGGCAAUUGGGUGAUGGGUCAUGCAUGUCUGAUGUGUACUUCUCAAGGCAUUUAAAUUUGGCACUGUAUUACAGCAACUUUCAGUGCGAACUUCAUUCGCAUCACAUCAUCUAAUCUGGGAAUUGACAAUUAAUUCCAAGCAACUAAAGAAGAUCUCGGUGCGCAAGCAAGAGAGCAACACCAAUAUAGGCAGAGUAACGGCGACGGCAACAGCGACAGCGAAGUUGACAAACAGUCAGACAAUUGAAGCAGUUGGGCACAAAACCGGAGCUUGUGAAUCUGACAUUAAAGAAGCCAAAAUAUCAACAAAAGAUUUCAAACAUACAGUGCCACAGAGACAAUAGAGUCUGAGGAGUGCAACGGCCAAAAGCCAAUUGCAUUCAAUCUAAGGCAGACAUGAAAAGUGGAAAAACGGCAAGCAUGUAAGAAAAGGCGACCACAGCGAAUGAUCAGCCAGCCAACAGCUCCAAUCGUAGACUGCAGAAAACAGAUGAUAAACAAAACCGACGACGAGCUGACGACGACGUUUAUGUAAUUCAUCCGGGCGCGUUCGUACCGGGGAUCACAACGACAACUUCAAUCCUUUUAGUCCGAUUGAACAGAGCAUCCAUCGAUCUUGGGCAACUUCAUUGGCACUGCCGCGAGAGUUGAAAGUUGCUAAAAGCCUGUGCCUCAGCUAUUCUGAAAUAAGCGAGCACCUCAACUUGUGGCCACUACAACGAAUGGAGAGAGGAGGAUCUUUUGGGGUGAACUGCGGCAAUCCAAACGAUGUUAAGCCAGUGGCGACGUCCAACGCCAAAGCGCUCAAUUCCAAUCAUUGCAUGGCCACGCAUGGAUCGCAGCAACAGCAGGAGAUAAACCUACUGAGUGGCCGAUCUCUUGGUUUGCGACGUCAGCCAACCAAGUAUCCCCAUGGACUGCCUGUCUGUGUGCAGACGAUUUGCGAUGACGACCACCAGCCACAUGCCACCGAUUACUCGCGAGCCUCCACACUGCGCAGCUCCAGCUGGGAUGGCAAAGAGAAUAUGAAAUGUCACUUGGAAGGGUUGCCGCAGCAGCAUCAGCAGUCGCAGCAACACCGCAAAUGUCAAAUCGGCGGCAUAUUCAACAGUCCCGAGAAUUUGGCAGAACUGCAGGUGCGCCGCUACAAAUACCCCCUCACCGGUAACUACUACCUUGAUGCACCAGAGACUUGUGCCAAAUCUACACUGAUGCAUCUGGGAGACGCAAAGCGAUUCUGCAAAUGGAAGUACAUGCGAUGGCCUCUGAUAUUUGCAGCCAGUGUCUUGGUAUUUUUUGGCUUGAUCACCUACAGCAUUUGGUUGCAUGACAUCAGCGUGGCCAGGGAGCGGUAUAUGCAGCAGCGAAAAUACAACUAUGAAGAUGAUGCAAGAGAAGCCAAUGAAAAUGCGAGUGCUGCUCCCCUGGAAGUGGUGAGCCCAGUGCUGGUGGCAACGACAGAAAGUAGUCAAGUGUUGCAGGAGUCCACAAUCCUAAGGGCACUCAGCUCGCGGUCGCGCCACAGGCCAAAGGAACAGAAGCUGUCGACUGUGGAAUACGCAGCGCACAAGGGGGCGGAGGGCUGGGAUAAACAACGAAAAGACACCCAAACCUACUACGAGGAGACCACCAUUAUGGCAUCCGAAGCGGCUGCUCUAAUUCCUUCCAACUCCGUGAGAUUUACAUCAGGCCAUCAGAAUAGCUUUGGCAUACCCAUCGAGGAUGACGAGCGUAUACUCAGGCUAAUAAAUGGGCUUUUCCCCUCGCGUGAAUCCUCAACUAACGCACAUACCGUGGCAGCAACUGCAGCAGCCAAGGUUUCUCCCACUAUACCACCAGUCAUUAACAACAAACCCACCGCUCCAAUGGCAAGUGGCAAUGCGAAAUCAACUUCCUUGGACAAUCGCUGUUAUUCCACCUCACUUGGCAUGUGUCAGGGAGUAUUGGAAUACGAUUUGACGUACAAUGUUUCGACGCAGGUGCUACAGACAGACCUCAAUGACUAUCACAGUCUGGUGCAGUCCAAUUGCUCUGCCCGAUCUGUGGAAUUUAUUUGCGCAGUCCUGGAGCCAGAGUGUAGGCCAUCACACAUUGGUAUAUUGCCGCCUUGUCGAAGGAUAUGUAAAGCCAUUCUGGAAGCUUGUUCUGAAAUCAUAGCAAAUUCGGAUGUGCUAACGGCAACAUUCGAUUGCAACCUUUAUCCAGAUUCCAAUGACCCUCAUCGCUGUGAAGACCCUACUCGCAGAAAGAGUUACUGCUACGACAAUGAGUUCGAGUGCUAUGAUCGUUCGUGUAUUCCCAGUCAGUGGCAAUGUGACAAUAUCAAGGAUUGCGCAGCCGGCGAGGAUGAAGACAACUGCCUGGUAUGCGAUCAGGCGGACGAAUUCCGAUGUCGAUCUAAUGAGAAGUGCGUGCCCGACACAGCACGAUGUGAUAUGAAAUAUGACUGCUUUGAUGGCUCGGAUGAGGAUGACUGCAAUGUGCACAAUAGCGGCGUGACCAACGUUGGCGGCCUACAUUUUGACGAAGAGGAUAUUAACGCCUUUCCACGAGUUUUUUCAUAUGCAAGUAUCCUCUCCCCGAAUCAAUCGAAUGAUGGUCACUACACCUACAUCACAGCAGCAACAGAUAACCAGAACUCUGGCAAUGUCUUUCAACUACACACCGUCACCAAUCGAACAAGUGGGGUAUCCAAGGAGGAAGUUACAAAUUCUGUGCCCCCCGAAGGCCCCAAGGGAUUCGUGAAUUUUCGAGACAGCAAGGAAAUAAUGAUGACCAGCGAUACCGAGAAUAACUUCAAGAUUUCUGCCGCUCGCGGCAACCGAUCUACCGGAACAACGCCACUACAACCGGCGGCUUCAAUUUUGGUGGCUAUUAGCACAGAACCUCCAAGUAAGCGAGUCCCUUCUGCUGUGUGUGCGCCCCAUGAAUUGCGAUGUGUCAGCGGGAAGUGUAUAACUGUGGAGCAACUCUGUGAUAAGAUAAAAGAUUGUCCUGAUGGCUUCGAUGAAUUGAUGUGCGUCUACAAAGAUCGAACUACAACAGCUCGCAGUCGUGGAACGACGAUCCUGCCAAACCCGUUCAUCACACCAAACAGCAACAAUAGCACCACCCGACCUGACAAGAGGACAAUGCGAACCACCAUCAAACGUAAAGUCAAACCGUAAAGUUCUCGUGCUGACAAUAGAAAGAUGUGCCUCCAACUGUUUGCUGUGUGAGAUUUAUACGUGUGACAAGAUUGUUAAGUUUUACGAUUCGUUAAUGUUUGACAGUAAUAAAUGUAAUGCAUCCAUAUUCCAUUAAGUCCUCCGA